AUGUCGCGCCCUUUUCCAUACACCUACAUAUCAUGCCCGUGUGCCGACACCCCGGUCCCGGAUCCAGCCAGGAAGCGAAGGUCAAGAGAUACACCGCAGAAAUCGCCGUCGAAACCACCCCCCGAGCGGGGGAACAUAGGAGAGGACAAUAAAUCGCCAGUAGACACGGAACACCAAUCAGACGAUGAGGAUGAAGAGCAAACCUUUGAUCCUCGUUCGCCGCGAUCCAACUUCUCACUAUAUCCCCCGGAACAACUUCUUUACUGCGAGGAGUGCCACCAAAUCAAAUGCCCCCGAUGUAUCACGGAGGAGAUUGUGAGCUGGUAUUGUCCCAGCUGCUUGUUUGAAACGCCGAGCAGUAUGGUCCGGAGUGAUGGAAAUCGAUGUGGUCGAAACUGCUUCAAUUGUCCAGUCUGCACGGCCCCACUGGCCGUUAGCACCAUUGAGAAUGUCACAGGGAAUGGGCCUCAGCAGGGUCCGUGGGUAUUAUCAUGUGGUUACUGUCUCUGGACCACCUUGGACAUCGGUAUCAAGUUCGACAAGCCGACUAAUAUUCGCAACCAACUGCAAAAGAUGACAGAUUCCACUUCGCCAGCUGCUCUCGACAGGUCGAGACAAGCCUCCCGCACUUUUGGGGAUCUGAAACAUCCGUUGUCUAGCUAUGCAUCAAUUGACGAGCAGUCCAAUGCCCGCCAACGUGCGGAAGAGGAAGCUACACCAAAAGAAGACCCGGUUGCACCUCCAAUGGGCCCAGAUGCUCGGUUCGCAGCUUUGAAGAAUUUCUACCGUACACAGAUUUCGGAGACAUCGAACUCGCCCAACGAUCAUCUCAGUUCAGAAUUCGGGUUCUCCUCGCCCGGUGCCCUAAACCGGCUAAUGUCUCUCUACAAUUCCUCGUCGCGUCUAAGCGGGCUGUAUGGCGGCAAUAAAAAGGCCAAAUCUAAGCCACCCGUUAUGCGUGAGGCGCUCACUGCCAGCGAGGGCUUCCAGGUUGCUCCGGAAAACAGCGAGGCAGACAUCAUUGCUCGUGCUCACUCUUCAGAAUGUGGCUGGGAUGGGAUGGCCUCGAUAAGCCAGCGCACAACCCAAUCACCAGAUGCCCGCUUCGUCGACGACCUCCUCCCUCUCCCUGUUCUCCUUCGUACUAAGCGGUCCAAGCGUUGCAAGAGCUGCAAACACAUCCUCGUGAAGCCUGAGACUAAGCCGCAAUCUACUCGCUUCCGGAUUCGUCUUAUUGCUCUCAGCUACAUCCCUCUCCCAACUCUCCGCCCCUUAACCCUGUCUUCCUCGUCAGCCCUCCCAGCACUGGCCCCAACUUCUGACCUUAAUUCACUCACACCCCUACGUCCUAUCCAUAUCCUCCUCACCUUGAAAAACCAUAUGUUUGAUCCCGUUCGCAUCACCCUCGCCACGCCUUCCGUAACCCCAGGCCAAGUUGCUACGAAAGUCACAGUCCUCUCCCCACAGUUCGAGAUCGGCGCGAACAGCGAUGUCUGGGACGAGGCCUUGCAAGGUGCAACCGCGCCAUUGACAAGCGACUCGCGAUCUGCCGUUCUCCGCGGAGUCCCCGAGGCAGGCAAGGUAUGGGAUAAAGGUCGGAACUGGACUACUGUCGUGCUGGAGGUUGUUCCUGGUACAUUACCCGGGAGCAGUGCCGAAGGUGGCAGUGGCAAUCCCAAUAUCAAGACCAACGAUGAGGAUGUCCUGGCGGUUGCAGCUUCCAAGCAGGACGAGGAUGUUCUGGAGAUCCCGGUGUUUGUGCAUAUGGAUUGGGAUGCGGAUACGCAGCUUGAUCACCAGAAUGUUGAGAAGGACUCUAAGCCUGAUGAUAAGGUUACGAGGGAGUUGGCCUAUUGGAUGGUGCUUGGUGUGGGGAGGAUCCAGGCCUCGCUGUAG